ACGUUUCCAGGGCUGUUUUACAAAGAGUUCAGAACUGAGCUAGUUUUGCGUGCCGUUAUCGCUCGCUGCCAGCGGUGUCUGCUCACGGUUGCAAAAAGCCCUGAGCGUCUGCUGUCACGUUUUUGGAGGGCGUGCUUUUCUGUCGUUUCAUUCCCCUUUCCCUAUCUCCGACACAGCUGUCGUGCCCGAACUCUUUCAUGGAAUGGUAUCUAACUGGACGAAAAUUCCACCACCACUUUUCAGAAAAGUUGUCAUUGUGCUGAUAGAUGCUUUGAGAGAUGACUUUGUGUUUGGAUCCAAAGGUAAACAGUUCAUGCCGUAUACUACACAAGUUGUUGAAAAAGGGACAUCCUACAGUUUCAUUGCUGAAGCAAAGCCACCCACUGUAACUAUGCCUCGAAUUAAGGCUUUGAUGACAGGUAGCAUUCCUGGUUUCAUUGAUGUUAUUGUGAACCUCAAUUCUCCAGCUCUGUUGGAUGACAAUCUGAUAUGGCAGGCAAAAACAGCUGGGAAAAGAAUAAUCUUUUAUGGUGAUGAUACUUGGGUUAAAUUGUUUCCAAAGCAUUUUGUGGAAUAUGAUGGAACAACAUCCUUUUUUGUGUCAGACUUUACAGAGGUUGAUGAUAAUGUUACUAGGCAUUUGGAUAGAGUGCUAAAGAGAGAAGACUGGGAUCUCCUAAUACUACAUUACCUGGGGUUGGACCAUAUUGGACAUAUGACUGGGCCAAACAGCCCAUUAGUGGGACCAAAACUUCGUGAAAUGGAUAACGUCCUGAAGAAGAUUCAUAUUUCUCUUCUUUCAAAGGAAGAAGCUUCUUUGCCCAAUUUGCUAGUUGUUUGUGGGGAUCAUGGGAUGUCUGAAACAGGUAGUCAUGGUGGUUCUUCGGAAGGAGAAGUGCGCACACCACUGCUGUUCAUCAGCUCUGCUUUUGAAAAGAGAAGUGAUCCUGGAUAUGAACAUUUUAAGAUAGCAGAAAAGUCCCAUGGUAACUGGAUCAAACUGUAUUUAGAGGGGAAUAAUUCAGAAAUACUCUUAAAUUUUGGCAAAAAGGUCCUGAAGCAAUACUUGGAGGCCCUGAAGACUCUGAGUUCUUCACUAAGCAAACAAGUGGCACAAUAUGACAUGUAUUCGAUGAUGGUGGGGACUGUGAUCAUUAUGGAGGUUCUGCUGCUGCUUUUGCUCAGCAUUCCGAAAGCCCUGAGCAGCCGGGCAGAAUUUGAAGUGCCUCUCUCCCCUCCACUAUUCUCUCUGCUGUUUUACUUGAUGUGUUUGAUGCUAUGUGCAGUUCACGUCAUUGUAUGCACAUCGGCAGAAAGUUUAUGCUAUUUCUGCAGUAUAUCCUGGUUAACAGCAGUUGGAGUGAUGAUGCUAAUUUCUGCACUCAUGUGUGGUAUUUUAUCUGCUAUUGCAAAGAUCUUUGAGAAUUCCAGACUUCCACUGAAGAAUCCAGUUGUGUCCAGUUCCAGCUGGUCAGAAAUAGAUGUGCUGAUCCUGAUGGGAACAAUUGGCCAUGUUUUAAGUUUGGGUGCAAGCAGUUUUAUAGAAGAGGAACAUCAAACCUGGUAUUUUCUUAUCAAUACGCUUUGUCUGGCAUUGUGUCAGGAACUUUGUAGAAAUAAUUUUCUUCUGAAAGAAUGUGAUCCUCAACAUAGCACCACUGUGAAACAAAAUUUUGAGAGUAUCAGGGAAGCCUCUGAGUGCAAGGAUAUAGACAUACCAGCAGCAGGUAAUUCAAAAUUGGGCAAGGCCACCUCUUCAGCUGAAUUAAUAAACGGAUCAGAUAAGUGGAUAAGCUUAGCAAGUCCAUGGAUCAUCCUUAUUUGCUGCCGACUACUUCGAUCCUUGAAUCAGACAGGCGUCCAGUGGGCUCAUCGGCCAGACUUUGGACAUUGGUUGACAAGCUCUGAACAUAAAUCUGAACUCUCCUUCUUGGCUGCAGUCUCCCUACUUAUGAUCUUCUUUCUGGUUCAAAGAAGAUGCUCCCUGGUUUCAAAAAUUGCUAUGGCACUCGGGCUCCUGGGAGUCUACAGUUACCGGGCAGCUAUUGGAAAUGUCAUAUUUCCAUGGCAACAUGACAGCAAAGAUAUUUCAAAGGGGAUUACUGAAGCUCGUUUUGUUUAUGUCUUUGUUCUUGGCAUAGUCUUCACUGGCACUAAAGAUUUACUAAAGUCACAGGUUAUUUCUGCAGACUCCAGCGUGAAGGAUACAGGAUUAUGGGAUGUGUAUAGUGGAUUGGUUCUACUAGCAGCCCUCCUAUUUAGACCUCACAAUCUACCAGUCUUGGUGUUUUGUCUGCUGAUUCAGACAAUGAUGACAAAAUAUAUUUGGAGACCUUUGAAAUUUGAUGCAGCACAGAUUACUAUCAUGCACUACUGGUUUGGCCAAGCUUUCUUCUAUUUUCAGGGAAACUCAAAUGGCAUUGCUACUGUGGAUGUUUCAGCAGGUUUUGUGGGACUAGAAAGCUAUGUGGAGAUACCAGCUAUCUUCCUUACAGCAUUUGCAACAUAUGCAGGACCUUUGCUUUGGGCCAUUCAUCUGCUGUGCUACCUGAGUUCUGAAGUUAGCAGGAACUCAUCGGCAGUGGGUCACGGCUGUUUCUGCUAUGCUCUAAUGCGCUCAAUUCCAGUUGCCAUCUACAUCAUUUUGGUAACAGGUCUGCGUUACCACCUGUUCAUAUGGAGCGUCUUCUCGCCAAAACUACUAUAUGAGGGAGUGCACGUGUUCAUCACAGCUGCUAUCUGCCUGUUCUUCACAGCCAUGGAUCAGAACCACUCUCACAGAGUGCAAGAUUGAAAACAAAUGUGCGGUACGCAGUUCUGCUUUGCAAGGUCCAGUGUGUCACUGGAAUGGAAGAAGGAAAAGAAUGGCUUUAAGUUGUUGUGCAGAGUUUGAAGAGUAACCUUGUUUAUUUUAGUCAAGAUCAGGGUUUGAAGGGUCUGUCCCGUUUUAAAACUGAGUUUGCUUUAAAAAUGUUGAAUUGAAAUAAACUACAUUUUCAUGGAUAAUUUUGUUCUAUACCUGUCAUUAUACCACUCUCCAAAUAAUAGAAAGUUAAUAUUACAUGAUUUGAAUUUAAAAAUGUAUGUUUUAAUGUAAAUAUAGAGCAGUGCCUCAUGGGCACUGAAAAAAAACUGUUGGACAUACAAUUUUUUUACCUUUACUGUAGAAUCCUGAAAAUAUGCAGGAUUUCUUGGUGCUGCUCACAAGAUCUUAUAUGCAUUAGCGUUGGAGGGGGGCUGUUUGUUUGGUUUCUAAUGUGUGCAUUGAAAUUAUUAUUAAAUUAUUGAAUUACUUUACAACUAUCCCAGGUAAGAGAUCUUUUGUUUGGUUUGCAUAGGCAGCAUUUCUAUUUAAAGGUAGUAUUUUCUUUGUAAGGUGAGUGCAAUCAUCUGUAAUGGAUUUUGAUCAGCACUUCAGGCACUGGAUAGGAAACACUAAUGGGCUAACAAAGUAAUGAAUCCCAUUCACUGCUAAAAUUUUGUGUUUCUUUUUAUUUAUGUAUAAAUUUUAAAUAAGGUUGGUGGCAGCUGUGCUGAACAUUUGAUCAUGUUUUCCACGCUAGGGUAGAGAGUUAUGAGCCACGGGCAGGAAAACAGUUUAAUGGGCUAAGUUACCAGUAGAAUAGGUGUGUUUACAUCACCUUCCCCCUAGUGACCUGUCUAGCCACCUCACUUGAAUGUGCUAUAAUUAAUUCCUAACAAUGUUGUUUUCCUUGUCUUCUGUCAAGAAGAUACACACUGAUGACUAUCCUGAGUAUCAGUAUUCUUUAUGUGGGGCUUUUUGCCUCAUGUUUUUGUCCAUGUUAGCAGCUGGUAGGAUUUAAUCUAAAUGUAUUAGAGGUGUAGCAGAAGAGAAGCAUACAGGGAACUUUAACUUUAGUUAAAAAUCUGAAAAAAAAAAAAAGCUUUUAAGUUCUAUGUAGCUGACAGCACAUUUGUUAGGAUCAGUGAUACGCUUUUCAUCUCAUGUUUCAGACAGAGUAAAUCUCAAAAAGUAGGCCUUUAGUUUUUAUACAUUAAUAGCAGGCCAU